CCAUGGCGACUGAACGACUACGAUGUAGAUGGCUGUGUGAUGCAGGUUUCACAGUUCACGCGCCUUUGUUAUUGUUUUGGUUACUUUCACAUUCGAAUGGAUUGAAUACAAUAGUCAUAUGUUUUGUGACAGAUUCGUGAUCAAGUCGGAGGAAAGUCUGGUAUUCGCUAGGAUUUUGAGAAAGUGCUUUGUUAUUUUCCACAAAUAUUUUGUAAUCCAAUUGGGACGCAUUCAAUUCUUAUACUAUUGAAUCAUGAUAUUCUAUUAGUGUUCUCAGGUUUAUUUAGUGAACAUUGAAAAGAAAUCAUAACAUGAUUUUAUGGAUGAAUUUCGACUUCCAAACAAAGGAAUGAAAUUUCAGGAUGCCAUGGUUGGGGAAAAAAACAAAGCAAGUUCGAGAUAUGUUAAGGUCAAUGAAUGAAUCAAAUUUUCAAGAUAAUCUCGAAAGUCCGCAAGAAUAUAAAGAACGAUGGCGUUCUAUUUACAUUAUAUAUUUUACUAUGUUCCUUAUAUCUCUGGGAUUCAGCAUAAUAGUGACUGGCGUGUGGCCUUACUUGGACAAGUUAGACCCAACUGCAGGAAAAGAGUUCAUGGGAUUUGUAGUCGCUGCCAAUCCUUUUGGACAGAUGCUGUUUUCGCCAUUGGUAGGAUGGUGGAGUAACAGAUUAGGUUCCAUACGAAUGCCCCUGAUAUUUUCUCUGGCAGUUUUCACGAUAUCGAGUGCCAUGUAUUCCUCUUUGGAAUUAUUUCCAAGUCACAGAAAACAUUGGAUGCUGUGGUCACGAUUUUUGGUUGGAGUUAGCUCAGCCAAUAUUGCUGCUUGCCGUUCCUAUUUGUCGGCAGCGACUCGAUACUCUGAAAGAACGAAAGCUGUAUCGAUGAUAUCCCUGGCGCAAGUACUUGGAUUCGUGAUAGGUCCUGCAAUUCAAGCCACAGUGGUACCCCUUGGAGGAGAAGGCGUCUGGCUCAUCAGAAAUCGACUAAGACUGAAUAUGUAUACGGCUUCUGGAUGGAUAAACGUCGUCCUUUCCCUACUUAAUAUUUACCUUUUCUUCCCUACUGUCUUCAAAGAACGAAAAAUCGCUCUCAAAGAAGCCAUGCUGAAAUUAGGCAAAGAUAACGCCAGAGAUACUUGGAAAGAAGAGAGAACGAAUCUUUUUUCGGCAUGGUCUCUAGUUGUAUCGUUUUUCGUCAUAGUGUUUAAUUUCAUGCUGUUGGAAACUCUUGGUACUCCAGUAACCAUGGAUCAGUUCGCUUGGUCCAAAAGCGAGUCACUGUGGUAUAUGGGGAUUCUGAUGUCCGUGGGUGCUGUUUUAUCCAUUGCGACAUUCGCAUCGAUAACACCCCUGUGCCGGAAAUUCUCCGAAGUAAAAAUUAUGAUUUGGGGUGGAUUUUUCUUCAUGGUUCUUGGAAGAUUAUCUUUCAUUCCACUUUCUGGAGAUCCACCACAAGUUUACGACGCCGAUUUCAAGUUGAAUUUAACAAAGUUCUGUGAUAUGGUUAUGAAAAAUAAAUCUGUUGAAGUAGAUGUUGAAUCGCUGAAUAGAACUUUGAGAACUUUUGGUACGUUUUUAGAUGUGAACAGUACAAAUGAAGAAAGUGUGAGAACAACGACUCUGAACUGCGGGGAAGACAUUGUGGGGUGUCCAAGUAAUCAGGAAUGGUGUAAAUUUACUCCGCAGAUGAGUCUCACUCAGUUCAUUAUAGGGUAUGUUUUGACUGCCUUCGGAUAUCCCAUUGGUGUAACGUUGAUCCAGACGAUAUUUUCCAAGUUGCUGGGAUCGAAGCCUCAGGGAGUGUGGAUGGGACUCAUGACUGGAUCCGGAUGUCUUUCUAGAGUAAUGGGGCCAGUUUUCGUAACGUACAUUUAUGAACAGUAUGGAACAAUUUGGACAUUCACUUUAACUGCCAUAAUGAUGCUCAGCUGCCUAAUAUGGUUAUUGAGUUUUCAGACCGUUUUGAAUCCCAAAGAAAUGGUCUCGAAGAAUGAAGGUCGGGAACUGAACGAUGCCAUGCAUUUUGAAUCUGUUAUUCUCAAUGAAGAGAACGAUAAAUAAAGUGAAAAGGGUGAAAAUUGUGAAUGGUUCAUUUUAUAUCUGACUUUUGAGUAUGUUUUAGGACAGGAUUCAAGGAAAAAGCAUAUAAUCUUCAGUCACGUGUAUGAAGUACUCAUAUAGUUUUAUACCUCAUGACAUCCAUGCAACUGAAUUUUCAUAAAAUUCAUGCAGAUGAAUCCUGAUUCUUCAGUAAAUACACUGAUGAUCUUUACUUUACACCCACAAAUAUUCAGGCGAUGAAAAUUUUCAUUCAAUUCUUCUCUAUGUGCACGUAUGAUCUGACCCGUACUAAGAAUCACACGCUAAAAGGUAAUACCUUGUUAAUCCUUAGCUAUUACAAGUUUUAGCUCCUGAGGGAUAUCGUCAAUAAGGGGUGACAGUUGAAUAAUGGAAAAUGACAUUAUUCACAACAGGCCAACAAAAAUUAAUAUAAAAAAAUAUGGCUUAUCAACGAACUGGGCAAAAAAAUGUUUUGAGAGUAUCUGCAGUACACUAGUCAACAAAUCGUUCGACUUUUCUUCCUGAAGAGAAAAACUCUUCUACAAAUACCAUACAUUUCACAAGUACUUCACAUAAACACUUCAAACUUCUAAACUUGAUGUGCAUGAUGUCUCGAUCAUACUGUGAUAUUAGAGAUGCCAUUUAAAAAAAUAUUAGAAUUUGUUUUGUGUUAAAAUUAUAGAGGUUCAGUCACAACUGACUAUUCUACUUUUAUUUCGAGCUAUGUAGUAAGGAGAAUGUUACACGAUCAGACAUGUUCCACAAUCAGACAAGGCAUGUAAUUUUGAAAUUCCAGCUGCGAGUUCGAUGUUUUUCAUUUGGAUAGUAGGGUUACACACGCAGUUUCGGUAAACAAAGUUGUAACGCUAUUCUUUUGGAUUUGAGCAUUUUUCAACAAAAAAUUUGUUUUCCUAGGUAAGUUUUUUCUAUCCUUGAUUUAAUAUUAUAAGCCUUAAUUUUUCUUUUGGAACUAGUUGUACAAAAACAAUCUGUUGAUCAGAUUUUGGGCUAUUUUAUUGACAUUUUAUGAGCGAGUUUACUUUUGUAGGUUAUUCAUGGAGUUCACAGUUGAAUUUAAUUUUGUAUUACGGUUUAAGUUCCACCAUCAGACAGCAUCUGUGUUCCACUAUCAGACGCUAUCUGAUUGUGGAACAUAAUUCGUGCCGUUAAAAAAUUGACUUAUGGAGCACCAUACGGUACUUUGGGAUUGGUUUCCGACUCUGGAUGGAUGACUCGUGAGUUGUUUCCAAGUACUUCAUUGAACAUACGCAGUUUGACGCAUUUUGACCUUACUACCGCAUACUUCCAACAAGAUGCAACCGUUAGAUGUCUCUGUGUUUUUUUCGUUCAAAUCAUUCUACAAUACUGCCUCACAAACAUGGCUUUUAGAACAUCCUGAGAUACCCGUUUCUAUUUUUGAUAUAGCUGGCUGUGUUAAUAAUGCAUUAAAAAAUCGAUGACGCCAGCUAAUAUAAAAUUCGGAUUUCGAAAAACUGGGAUUUAUCCUUUCGUUAAAUUCAUAUUUACAGAUGACGACUUUGCAAUUAGUAGCGUAACUGAUAGGAAUGUGGAUCAAAACAAUAAAGAAGCCCGACCACAUAUAGAUCCCAAUCAACCAUCAACGUUAUGUCAGUCUCCUCACUUUCAGCAUCAGUCAAUUUACACACAACUCCCACACAAAAUCAAAACACAGAAACUUUCGUGAGUCCGCAAGAAUUCAAAGGAUACCCAGUAGCUGAAAAACGAAAGGAUCAGAGAAAGAAGAGAGAAAAAGCUAAAAGUAUUAUCGCCACCGACACUCCAUAAAAGAUCGCCCUGGAAAUUAAACAGACAGACAGAGAAAAAAAAAGCUUGAAGAAGAAAAAUAUCACGAAAAAAAAGUAGGAUUCGAUGGAGACUCAACAGACGAUGAAAAUGAGAACGCGGCGAUGCUUCUAACUGAAGAUUCUGAUGAUGAAAUUGAUUUUGUAGGAGAAAUCGAUCCACCACCUCUUCUAGACAAGCUUAAUAAAAAGCCAGAAGUUGCCGAUUUUAUUUUGAUAGAAUUUAUAGACAAAAAGAAAAAAA